AGGUGUGGCCUAUUUUGUUUUUAACAGCAGAACAGUUUCAGUUGAAACUUCAAUUGGAGCUGAAAGACAGGAGGACAGAUUUUCUUAACAGAGAAGCACCCAGCGGAUCCUGCGGUGAUGUCCUCGAGGCCAAAUGGGAGUCCACCUCCCUAUGAAUCAGAUACUGGAUAUGAUGUGCAGCCCCAACCAGCCUAUUCCUACUACCCAGAUGACGAGUUCCAGCAUUUCUACCGCUGGACAUCUCCACCAGGCAUCCUCAAAAUCAUGUCAAUCAUCACCCUUGUGAUGUGCGUCGGCAUAUUUGCCUGUGUUGCCUCCACGCUGGCCUGGGACAGUCAGGGAGCAAUGGGAAACAUGGGAACUUAUGGAGGCAUGGGAACUUAUGGAGGCAGCUCUGGGUUUAGCGGUGGUGGGUAUAGCAGCUUUGGAGGCGGUGGAUAUGGAGCUGGAAACAGCUAUGGCUACGGUGGGCUAGGAGGGAACUACAAUGACCCCCGCAAGGGUAAAGGCUUCAUCAUCGCAAUGGCCGCCAUCACCUUCAUCGCUUGUCUGGCCAUCUUCAUCAUCGUCGUGUCCCACCAAACCCUAUCACAGAGCAGGAAGUUUUACCUGGCAGUCAUUAUCAUCAGCGCUAUCUUAGCACUACUAAUGCUAAUAGCAGCAAUAGUCUACCUGGUAGCAGUGAACCCCGCGUCUCAGUCCUCUGGAUCGGCCUUCGGCAGCCAGAUCACUGCACUGUGUGCUCCGUUCCAACAAACACAGACCACAGGAAUGUUUGUCAAUCAGUAUCUGUACCACUACUGCGUUGUGGAGCCACAAGAGGCCAUCGCGGUUGUGUUUGGCUUCCUGGUCGCCAUCGCUCUCAUCAUCAUGCUCGUCUUCGCUCUGAAAACCCGCCAGAAAAUCCAAAACUAUGGCAAGAGCAACAUCCUGUGGAAGAGGGUGAAGGUUAUCGAGGAGAUGGAGCCACCUCCAGAUGUAGAGGCAUGGGUGAAUAAUGUCUCUGGAAGCCCGGAAGUCCCCCCAAUAUCCGACUAUUCCGACAAGCUGAGAGGCUCCAGGAGUCACCUGGAUGACGAAAGCACCAACUACGAAAAACCACCCUACCACUACACCCCUCAGCCUGCAGAAGAACACGUGCCUCUGCAAAAUGGAGCUCCCUACAGCAGUAUCUCAGAGGUGGCCAGCUCGCAUGGAAAGCCCAAAAAGAGACGCGCAGGCCGGCCGCGUCACGCCGAUGGACAAGGGUACGACACCGGCUACAACUCCUCCGGAGACGAACUGGACGACAACGACUUUGACAGUGAAUAUCCUCCCAUAAGAAACGAGGCGGAGCGCAAUGACUACAAACGUGAGUUUGAUCGCGAACACCAGGAGUACAAAGACCUGCAGGCGGAGCUGGACACCCUCAAUAAGAAUCUGUCAGAGGUCGACAGAGAGCUGGACGACCUGCAGGAGGGCAGCCCACAGUACCUGGAUGCUUUGGAUGAGUACAACAGGAUAAGAGACAUUAAGAAGUCUCCAGAAUAUCUGGUGAACAAGCGCAGGUGUAAAUAUCUGAAGUCCAAACUGAACCACAUCAAGAAGAUGGUCAGCGAUUACGACCACAGUGCCUGAACAACUACUUGAGGAUCUUACGCAUGUCCCAGAUGAACAGAUGGCAAUAAAUCCCGUUGGGGUGAAAGGUUUGAGGCUUUUCAGACACAGGACGGAGUGUCCACCGAAAACAGAAGUUUCCAAAAAAAGUCUGAACUUUUAUCUUGUGAAAUGUUUUUCUACUUUUGGGACACAGAAAACAUAGAUUCCCUCUUCUGUUAUGAUAAUGUUUGUAUUGCGAGUGUCACCUGCUAUAGAUACUCAUGUUAUGUUAUGUGAAAAUCAUCUAUAACAGGAGGUUAAGCUACCAGUCAAGGGAACAUGGACCCUGACUGUUUGUUUUAAAUAGCUCUUCUUAAAUCCAUUAAUUAUGAUAUUAAUUUUCAAGAGCUUUGUUUUCCACAUUUUUAGCGAUAUAAAUAAGUGGAAAACACGUGGCGAUUUUUAAUGAUUUUAGCAGUGUGUGUUACGGUGUGUUACUUUAUGGAUGUUAGAACAGACAGACACUUUUUAAUGCAUACCGAUGUACUUCUUUAAAUGAUUUGUGAUGACACUUUUUAUUAUAAUAAAUUCAUUUUAUUGAACUUUU